AUGACCCCAUUGACAGCAUUUUGUCUGGAUUUUGUUGUGGCAAUGGUCAAGUCCAAUGCACCGGCUGGAGACGUGAUGGCUUACAUUUUGGGUUUCAUGGUGGCCCAAAAUAUGCUAUGGUAUCCUGCUACCCUGACUCUUCUCAUCUAUGCCUGCGAACACUUGCCGGCAAGCGCUUUCAAAGGAAAUCGGUAUUUGCAGACUUUGGCGAUAUCGGGCGGCUUGUGGUUGCUGUACGCGCUGGGACUUGCUAUUGCCUUAAAUGCCGCCGCCUCCGAGCGUUGGUGGGAAGCGCCUCUGUGGACGGUGGCGGCGUUGGUGUUUGCUAUUGUUUCGUAUCGGUGUUGCUGGCGGCAGAAGAACCGGAGCUGCGCCUCUUGCAUCGCGGAGGGAAUUGCUUGA